AUGGAGCCGGAACUCGACCCGGCGGAGCCCCCGUCUGCUCCUUGGAGGGCCAUUGGCGAUGGACUCGCGAACGAGAACAGACAAUGGGUGCAUCAAGUGAACGCCAUUGACGCCCAGAGCAACCCAGCGGGUGUUGUUGCAUAUACGCCAACCGAGUCUUUUCAACAUCGCUACGCACGCAGGCUCGUCUCCAGGGCGUACCCGACUAGGAGGAGGACGCGGAGUUUGCCCUUGCCACACAGGUCUCUACAGCCUGGCCAGCGAGAUGUUCCGACCGCUCGCGACGUGCAAAACGAUCAACCACGACUUGAAUGGCUCCAGCGUGUUAAGAACAGUGGAGUCCAAAAGCUUCGUCAGGCGAAAGAUACCACGAUUGACAAGCUUCGUUGGAUCGGCGACCGCAUAGUACCCCUAGUCAACAGCCUUCGUCGCCGCAACGGUCGGAACACUUUCAUCGGCAUGGGCCUGGGGCUACUCAUCGCGCUCGCUUACGCCAACAGCAGAGCCGCCCAUCACAAGGCCCUACAGGCAACUCCCGCCUCGCUGUACAUCAGCAGCUUCAAAAGCUAUCCUACCUGGCUACACACAGAUCCGCUUCAGGUGAUUGGACUCCCAGCACAAGUUGAUCCGGCAUUCAUUCCAUCUCGCCGUACGAUUCAGAAGGCUUGCGGGAAAUACAAGAGCACGUGGCACACAGAUAAGAAAAACCGCAUCAGCCAGCGAGAUGCUUUGGCAAUUGUUCAUCGGGGAGAUUUAGCAUGUGACUUGUUGAUGCUGUACCAUGACAAUCAGUAUUGCGAAAAGACCCUCGACUCCUUGACCAAGUUCGACGUCGUUGGAGGAUACAAUGACAGUCUUAUCCUGCUACCUUUUCCCAGCGGCUUCUCCUCUGCCCCCGCCGGCGCUCCGCACUUUGCCAAACACUGUGCGUGCACGCUCGCCAAGUAUCUCCGCGCGUGGUCGUACCAGGUGCUGAUGCCUGUUGAUCUUCAGCCUGACCCGCCAAAAACACUGGAAGAGACGUGCCCGUGCACCCUCGACAUGGCCACGAAGAGCUGGAAAUCCUUUUCAUUCGACGCCAAGUCGCCACAGCCACCCUAUCUGGGCCGCAUCAAGAAGGACCUGUCCGUGUUCACCACUGACUGGCGCGUCUUGUGGUGGAGGGCAAAGGGCCUCAUAUUCUACGACGAUCGCAGCUUUGUAUCGACGAAAAUGGCUAUGGCCUGUGCGCAAGGCACGCAAGAGGGAUGUGAGAGGAUGGAAGGCUGGACUUCGGCCAGCGAUUUCCAUUUCGCACUGAAGCAAUGUCGUCGGACCGUCAGAUUUGAAGAAGGCAAAGACAUCAAGAUUGAACCGGAAGACGAUGAUAUCAUUGACGAGGCGGAAUGGAUUCAGGCCAUAGAGGAUGAGGAGAAGGAACAGAAGCAGGCCAGAUAUGAUGAGGAAGAGGAGGAGUUUUUGCGUGCGUGGGCAUCUAAUCAGACCAGUAAGAAGUGGUAUGAGGAGUAG